UUGUCCAAUUUGUCAAAAAGUUUUGGCCUCUACCUCCGCACGUGUUGUUUUCUGUUUAAUUCCCGCAACGGUUUUGUAUUCCUUAAUAAAUUAAUAAAAUUAUUGUAAUUUUCUACCACUAAAUAAACGCAAUAAAAUGCCACCAGUAAAGAAAGUUAAAAAACAACCUCAAACAGCAGAUCCUCCAGCAGAGAAUGCCUCAGUUGAGCCUGAGGAACAACUUGCUAUUUCAGGACAGUUGGACAAAAAAAUAAAAAAUGCAAGAGCCCGCCGCAAUAGACAGCGCGGUGUUGUCGUUAUUAGGCAUUUGCCUCAUGGUUUCUUCGAGGAACAAUUGAAGAACUACUUUGAACAGUUCGGCAAAGUAACUAGGUUACGUUUGGCCCGUUCCACUCGUACCGGUGGCAGUAAGGGUUUUGCUUUUGUUGAGUUCGAGUAUCCAGAGGUUGCUGAAGUUGCCGCACAAACUAUGGACAACUAUUUGAUGUUCCAGAAAGUGGUUAAGGCACAGUUCAUACCGCCAGAGGCUCAGAAGUACAACUACUUUAAAUCCUCAGUGAGGAAAGUUUUAAAUAAGGUUGGUAAACCUAUUUACGUCUCUGGAAAGACAGCAUCAAUUCAGAAGAAAGCAAUAGAAUACAAUAACUGGUCCGAUGAAGCUUACCAAAAACGUAUCGGUUCAAAUCUUCGCAAGUUGGAGAAACUCAAGGAAAAAUACGCCCAUUUGGGUAUUGACUUUGAUAAUUUUACAGUAAAACCCAACAUCCAGUCAGUCGAUGAGAAAGAAGAAAAGGCUAAGAAUAAAAAAGCUGAAGCAAAGGCUUCCAGUCAAAACAAACAAAAGCCCGAAGCGGGUAGUAUUCUUCUAUUGAAAAAGGGCAAACAACCGGAAGAAGGUACAAAAAAAUCGAAAAAUCCCAAGGCCAAGAAAAUUAUUGAACUUAAAGAUCUCCUCGAGAAUACCCUAAACGAAGAAGCAUCUUCAGAAGAUGAAGAAUUCGUACCAACUGAAGACGUUACAACAUCAGAUGAGGAAGAUUAUGGUCUUAUGGAUGACGACGACGAAGAAGAAGAGAAAAUUCCAGUUCCCAAAAAAGCAGUUAAGCCUGUUAAAGUUGAUCGCGCUGCUGAACUUCUCAAGCGAAAACCCAAUGCUGGUGGCAUUCAAAAGAAGAACAAAAUUUUAAAAGACAAAAAUUCCAAGAAGCCGAGUAGUGUUGCGAAGAAAUCGCUGAAAGUUGAAGCGAUGAAAGAUAUCAAAGAAUUGGGUAAAACAAAACAAAUGAAGAAAACAGAUUUUAACAAGAAAUCAAUUAAGAAGAAGCGAAAAAUCGAUGUAGAUGUCACGCUAGCUGAUGGACAGGCCCGUCCACAAGAAGUUUGCAUGGCAAAAACUAGCAUAAUUUUCGGCAAUCGUUUGCGGCUGAUUACGUUUAUCGCCCUACCAACUGCCAAAGAUAACCGCACCUUUAUAGGAAUAGACUUCCUUGAAGAAAAUGGCGUUGUUCUUGACUUGGGUCAACGGCAAAUCUUCAACAACUCGUUAAGAAGCACGGAUGUAACUCCAGAGCGAAGUCGAGAAAAUCUGUUUCCGCCACUUAAGCAGAAUGAUGAAGGGGGUGAUCCAGACUCAUGGUUCACCGAAAUCAAUUUAAUUGAUGUAAGCCUCCGAUCUAAUGAAGCAAAGGAGUUAACUCCAGCUGAGAAGCGGGAACUGUGCCAAUUGCUUAUUAGUAAUAACGGAGCAUUCAGCGAGAUCAAGGGCGCAACUCCAUUCGCAACUCACAAAAUUGAUACUGGGAAUCACGAUCCUAUAGCAGUUUCUCCGUAUCGACUGUCACCCACACGCAUGGACCAAUUAAAGCAAGAGCUUGCUAAUCUAUUGGAUAACCUAGUGGAGGUGGCGGCCGAACACAACUCCAAGGGUCGUGGGUUCGAAUCCCGGUCGGAGCGCACAAAAAAUAUUGAAGCUUUUUUUCACAAUCGUGAAAUCGUAGAUUUUAUUGAUUGGGAAAAAAAGCAAAUGGAGAGGGAGAGGAAAGCAGGGGUAUCGAAAGAUACCUCUGCCAAUACAUCAGGUGAUGUUACUGUGGUGCAAGCAGCGGUACAAAAAAUCACCGAAACAACAUCUGACCAUUCAACGGACCAGUGGGCCAUUGUAAAGAGAAAAAGGCAAUCUCCCAACUUGGUAAAACGUACUAAUCCAGCCAAGCGGAACGCAAAUAAGAAAAAAAUGGAAGAAAAAUCGAAAGGUGUGGCGUCAGAGCACGAAACAUCAGAGAGUGAUGACUCUGGGAGCCCAGAUUACGUCUCAGAGGGUGGAGAAGGGCAGUUUAGGUCUCCGAAAUAUAGGAACAAGAUCCUAUCGGAGACAGAACCGCCAACAAAUAAAUCGUUGGAGGGGGAGGUGGACCAAAUCCUCCAUGAAGAAAAGCAACUGAUGGAGGCACUGCAAACUAAACAGGCCGCCAUCAGUAAAUUUGAAGACAGCCUGAAAAAACUAAAGGAGGAAAUGGAGCCACUCCUCAGCCAACUAAAGCUUAAGCAAGAAGCGCGCCGGCAGCAAGUGGCAGCGCAACUGCAACUGCAACAAAAACACCAGCAGCAAAAACAACAGCAACAACAACCACGGCAGCAAAAACAACCACAACCCAAGCCCGCUCCCAAAAACACAGGAGCGGAGCAAAAUAAAAAGAAGCCAGCAGCAGUGACAGGCCCAAUUGCUGAGGGCCCAUCGACUUCGGCUAAGGCCAAACAGCAGCAACAACAACAGCUACAACAACAGCAGCAGCAGCAACAGAAACAGCAGCAACAGACACAGCAGCAGCAAAAACAGCAGCAACAGCAAAAACAGCAGCAGCAGCAACAACACCAGAAACAACCACAGCUCAAGAAGGAGAAGGUGCCACCAAUUAGGACCUAUCAGGUUGACCUGCAGGACUUGAAACAGGUAUGUAAGUCGGCCACUAAGGGAAAUUUUUUACUAAAUAUUUUGAACGAAAAAGAAAAGCGGUAUUCGGUACAGUGCUUCUCACUGGCCGAAUACAAGCUAGUGAAAGAGUUACUUAAGGAGGCCACAGCUGAGUUCUUCAGCUACACGCCUAAGAGCGAAAAAUUCCAGACGGUCCUUCUGAAGGGUAUAAGUUCCUGCACGGAACCAGAGGAGCUUUUAGCUGAGCUCCGUCAAAAAGCCACAGACGAUCUCGAUUUUAUCGGGGUCAAGCCUUUCACUACGGUGAAGUCCAGGCGAGGGGGUUAUAGGCUGCCAAUGUUCCUGGUAACAUUAUCGCCCCAAAGCAGUGUUAAUAGUGUCAAGGGAAUCACAUCUCUCGACAAUCAAGCUGUACGCUGGGAUACAUUAAAAAGGCACGACGGCAUUUUACAAUGUACUAACUGCCAGAGGUUUGGCCAUGCCAAUGCCAACUGCAAUAUGCAGUUGCGUUGUGUCAGGUGCGGAGAAACCCACAAAGUAGGUGAAUGUAAGCUGGGGAAUGAGCGGGUUGAGGAUUUGACCCUGCUCAAGUGUGUCCUUUGUGGAAACCAAGGGCACCCGGCUAGCUAUAGGGGUUGCCCUAAGGUCCAGGAAAUGAAACAGAAACAGGCCAGUCAAAAAGCCGAAAUAAGUCGAAAAGUUCGACAGGCUCCUAUACAAAAAUUCGUAGAUCCCAAAUUCUCUUACGCCCAAAUGGUGUCAGGGAGUGGAAACACGAGACAGGCUCCACCAACGGUUGCCCCAAAGGCCCCUGUGCCUAAGGCACCAGAGGUGCAGCCUGACAUUGUAGCCUUGUUGUUGAGCAUUCAAGGUCAACUAACAGGACUGCAAAGUCAGAUAAAGGAGCAAGGCAAAAGGGUAGAUCAUCUCUACUCUUUGUUGCCUGGCCUGGCGCAAUUUAGACCAUAAUGGGCGCGCUGCCGGAGACGCGCCUAAAAGUCCUAGCUGUGAAUGUAAAUUCACUGAUUAGGAUUGAACGAAGAGCCAAUAUGUUCCAAUUGUUGAAAGACUACAGUCCCGAUGUGUUUAUGGCUAGCGAAACUAAGCUAA